AUGGAUGCACAAGAAUUUAUUCCACAAUAUAAAUUAAUUUUAGUUGGUGAUGGUGGUGUUGGUAAAACAACUUUCGUAAAAAGACAUCUAACUGGAGAAUUUGAAAAAAAAUAUAUUCCAACUCUUGGUGUUGAAGUUCAUCCAUUAAAAUUUCAAACAAAUUUCGGAAAAACGCAAUUUAAUGUUUGGGAUACAGCAGGUCAAGAAAAAUUUGGGGGAUUAAGAGAUGGUUAUUAUAUAAAAAGUGAUUGUGCAAUUAUUAUGUUUGAUGUGUCAUCUCGUAUUACUUAUAAAAAUGUACCAAACUGGUAUAGAGAUAUUACAAGAGUGUGCGAAACAAUUCCUAUGGUUUUAGUAGGUAAUAAAGUUGAUGUAAAGGACAGGCAAGUAAAAUCAAGACAAAUACAGUUUCAUAGAAAAAGAAAUUUACAAUAUUAUGACUUAUCAGCAAGAUCUAACUACAAUUUUGAAAAACCAUUUUUAUGGCUAGCUAGAAGAUUAUCAAAUCAACCAAAUCUUGUUUUUGUCGGAGAACAUGCUAAAGCACCUGAAUUUCAAAUAGAUCUAAAUGUUGUUCGUGAAGCUGAAAAAGAAUUAGAACAAGCAGCAGCUGUAGCUAUAGAUGAAGAAGAUAUAGAAAAUUAA